GCUUCAUCUGGGCAGAGAUUAAAGAGAUGUGGGAUGGAGGUUUCACAGAGUACAUCCAUGACUGGUGGAACCUGAUGGAUUUUGCAAUGAACUCACUCUACCUGGCCACCAUAUCUCUUAAAAUGGUGGCUUACUUUAAGUACAACAGCUCUCGUCCUCGUGUGGAGUGGGAAAUGUGGCACCCAACACUCAUCGCUGAGGCUCUAUUUGCUAUUGCCAACAUCUUCAGCUCCCUGCGUCUCAUCUCUUUGUUCACUGCCAACUCUCACUUGGGCCCACUGCAAAUCUCUCUCGGUCGCAUGUUGCUGGACAUUCUCAAGUUCCUUUUCAUCUACUGUUUGGUGCUUCUGGCCUUUGCCAAUGGCCUCAACCAACUCUAUUUCUACUAUGAGACAAAGGCAUCUGAAGAGCCCAACAACUGCAAAGGGAUUCGUUGUGAAAAGCAGAAUAACGCCUUUUCCACGUGAGUGAAAAAGCAUUUAGUCAUCUAGUAGAAUAUUUAGGCUACUGAAAAAAUAAACUUUUAAGAACCUAUUAUGGAAAUAUUAUACUUUGCAUACGAGCAAUCUCCCACAUGUGGUCAUUCAAUAAAUCAGUAAGUAGAUUUUCACAUUUGGGCAUGCAGUAUUAGCUCAAGAGAAAUAUUAGCAAUUAAUUAUAUUUAGCUGUAAUUUUUAGAUUUUACUUAACAAUUUUUACUACAUGCUUUUACUUGACGAUGUCCCUGGAUAAAGUGUUUAUUCCUUUAAAGAAUGUUAAUUUCCAGCUCAUAAGAAAUAACUUUCCAUUUAUUCCCAUUCUGAUGCUGUUUUUGAGUCUCCUGUUGAUCUUUGCUGAAGUUUGUUAGAGUUCCAAGGGUUCUGAGGUAUGAAAAGACAAGGCUAAGCCUGGCACAAGUUUAGGUUGUGGUUGGAGAAGACUGUUAGUUCAGCAUCUUCUCCUGUGACAUCCAGCGGAAGAGCAGGAUGGGGCUCUGGCCUACAGAUUUUACAUGGAUGAUAAUGUCAUAUGAGCUGAGAUAACAACGAGAAAGUUAAGUUUCUAAGGGAUGUCCUAUUUCCAGCAUGGUA